UCUGACAAACUUGUCACUUUUUUGUUUACAUUUUUGAACAGAAAUUCAUUUUUAUUUGGAAAAUAAAUAAAAAUAAGCAAUGGCUAGCGGCGACUGGAUGCCCUUGUUGUUCUGUGGCCUCUCGAUUCCCAUCUCACUCUUCAUGUGGCUGGGCAAUGUGGCAUUCUCGAAAUUCUGGAGCAGCGACUAUGAAGUUACAUUUAUAGAACCUGCUGUCAUUCCUCCCACCCGUUGGCUGUUCUCGACGCUGGCGCCGCUGACGCUGAUGACGGUGGCAUUGAGUCGCCGGUCCGUCAGCAAAUCUGGAGCCGCCUUGGGCGUACUUGUGGCCUUCACGUUGUCCAUAGCAAGUCAUCCGUUCUUUGGCAGUCUGGUGGUGUUCUUCUUCAGUUCAUCGCGUGCAACCAAGUUCCGAGCGCAAUUGAAGCGCAAGUUCGAGCACGACUUCAAGGAGGGUGAAGGACAGCGCAAUUGGGUGCAGGUGCUCUGCAAUGGUGGCAUGGCGACACAGCUGGCGCUGCUCUACCUGAUCGACUGUGGCAGCGGGGAGCGGGCCAUUGACUUUGCCAAGGAGUAUCGUUCCAGCUGGCUGGGAAUUGCGGUAAUGAGCUCGUUUGCCUGCUGCAAUGGAGACACCUGGAGCAGUGAAUUGGGCAGUGUGCUUUCCAAAAGCGAUCCCAUCUCCAUCAUCAGCUGGCGACGAGUGCCACGUGGCACGAAUGGCGGUAUCUCACUGGUUGGCACUGUUGUCAGCCUGUUGGGAGGAUUGCUGGUUGGCUUUGGUUACUUUGUAACCGUGCGUUAUACUGUGGAUGCCAAAAUGCUGCUGGUCAGUCCGCCACAGUGGCCCAUCAUAUUGUUUGGUGGCUUAGCCGGACUCUUUGGCUCUCUGCUGGACUCGGUGCUGGGCGGACUGCUGCAGUUCUCGGGCAUCAAUGCACAGGGAAAGAUAGUCGAUGCACCUGGCAAGGGAAUACGUCAUGUUAGUGGACUGCGCAUCCUGGACAACCACAGCGUUAACCUCAUCUCCAGCAUUGUCAUGGGUGUCACCAUGCCACUGUUGGCUCUCAAGUUUUGGCCAGUGCGCUAAGAGCGUCACAGCCAUCCAGUUAUCAACCGAUCAACCGAUUGUAAAGCUCUCCUAAAUCCUUUUGGUUAUACACGUACAUAAGAGCACAUAUUUUUGUAAUGCUUUCCAGCUCUAAGCGAACAGAUGGACUUUUAUGUAUCCAAUGCAACCGAUAGACUCGCAACACAACGAUUUAGAUAAUUGCACCGAUUAUACUAAUUACUCAUACUAGAUUAAGUGACGUCACAUUCUAAGCAAUUAUAUUUUGUGUAACUAACUUUUUACACUUCUUUACUACUUAGAAUCAAAUAAGUUGAGCUGAUGUCCAUAUCUGUCUCUAUCUCCACUAAUUCCUUAUAUUUGUGGCAAUUUUAAAAAACGAAUACGAGUAACUUUCCUAUUUCAUGUUAUACUUCAUGUUAUACUUCCUAUUUCAUGUUAUACUUCAAGUACAUACAUGCGCUCGAAAAUGUAGGAUAAAUAUUUUGAAUAAAUGUUUCAUUUUAGCAAGUUUCUAUUAA